AUGCAAUCGUCCAGGGCGAGCGCGGCGACGCGAGCGCGAGCGGUGACGACGACGAGCGAACUCUUCGAGCGUUCGCGACUGUUUCGAGAGCUCACGCUCGAUCGAUUGGAGGUGCUGAUGAAAUACACGAUAGGGACGGAUGAUGAUAUUCCACUUCCCGACGUUCCCAAGGGCGAGGGCGAUCGAUUGCGACAACACGCGAUCGACGUUUUAGAGGCGUGGGAGGCAAAAUUUAAGACGCAAUACAAGCAGCUCACGUUGGCUCGCAAAUUCGUCACCGAGCGCCUCGGUGAUGACGCGCCGGAGGCGCGCGCGGAGCGCGCGCAGCGACUCACCGCUGAGAAAGAGCGCGAAGUGCAGUCGAAGCUUCAAAAUCGAUGGCUGGCGAUAAAAACAGAGCUGCCCGCGUUGCUGGAUGAAAUCGACGACGCACGAAACGCCGCUUGCGAGUGCUUUCGUUUGCUCUUCGGUGAUCGAUUCGUGACGGAAUUCAACGACGAAUCAUCGUUUGCGUCUAAAGAUCGAAGUGCCUCGACGAGUACAACGGUCAAUGACACGAUACAAUCGAUGCGGGAAGACGAAUGCGAAGACGACUGGGAAGACGUCGUCGACGGCGCCGUCAAGGAUUGGCGGUUCGCGCAAGCGAUGCGAGGCGCUGAGAUUGAUUAA